UUAGCAUCUACAGACAGACAUGGCCUCGUCCACACCCGCCAGGAGCACUCGCUCCACCUCAGCCGCAGCAGGUGCCCCUUCUCCGGGGAGCCCGACCCGCCUGAGCCGCCUGCAGGAGAAGGAGGAGCUGCGGCACCUCAAUGACCGGCUGGCCGCCUACAUCGAGCGGGUGAGGGCGCUGGAGGCGGACAAGUCGCUGCUGAAGCUGCAGCUGGAGGAGAAGGAGGAGGUCACCACCCGGGAGGUGUCCAACCUGCGCCUGCUCUACGAGACCGAGCUGGCGGACGCCCGCAAGCUGCUGGACCACACGGCCAACGAGAGGGCCCGGCUGCAGGUGGAGCUCGGCAAGCUGCGGGAGGAGCACCGGCAGCUGCAGGCCAGAAACAGUAGAAAAGAAUCUGACUUAACUUCAACUCAGAACCAGCUGAGAGAUCUAGAAGCCAGACUGAACUCGAAAGAAGCCGAGCUCGCCACUGCAUUAAGUGCCAAGAGGAGCCUGGAGGAUCAGACCCAGGAGCUGGAGGCUCAGAUAGUCGGUCUUGAAGCCUGUUUGAGGGACACAACAAAACAGCUUCAUGAUGAAAUGCUAUGGAGAGUUGACCUGGAAAAUAAGAUGCAAACCCUUAAAGAACAGUUGGAUUUUGAGAAAAACAUUCACAGUCAGGAGGUGCGGGAAAUGAAGAAACGCCAUGAUACCAGGAUUGUGGAAAUUGAUUCUGGCCGACGCAUAGAAUUUGAGAGCAAACUAGCUGAAGCUUUGCAAGAACUAAGAAAAGACCACGAGCAACAAAUCAAUGACUACAAGGAGCAGCUGGAAAAAACAUUUAGCGCAAAGCUGGAGAACGCGCAGCUUGCGGCUGCACAGAACAGCGAUUAUGCAACUGCAACCAGAGAAGAAAUCAUGUCCUCAAAGCUCAGAAUUGAUAUGAUGUCCUCACAGCUGAGCCAGUGUCUGAAGCAGAACUCUGCUCUGGAAAAUAAGGUGAGAGAAUUACAGGAGAUGCUGGACCGCGCACAAGAUAUGCACCGAAGACACAUGUCUGAAAAGGACAGAGAGGUGGCCGACAUGAGGCAUAACCUGCAGGCACAGCUGGAAGAAUAUGAGCAGUUACUGGACGUCAAACUCGCGCUGGACAUGGAAAUAAAUGCAUACAGAAAAAUGCUGGAAGGAGAAGAGCAGAGGCUCAAGCUGUCUCCAAGUCCUUCACAUAGGAGUAGCCCAAGGCAAGCAAGCCGCUUGUUGCGUGGCAAGAAAAGAAAAUUAGAAGAGAAAGAAAGAGGAGAGGGCAGACCUGGGUAUAAGAUCAUUCAGGAGGCCUCCUCUUCAGGUCCAGUAUCUAUAGAAGAAAUCGACCUGGAAGGAAAGUACUUGAGGCUUGUGAACAAUUCAGAUGAGGAUCAGCAGCUAAGUGGAUGGACCAUUAAAAGGCAACAUGGAAGCCUGCCUGAAAUUGGUUUUAAGCUUCCUGGACGGUUCAUUCUGAAAGCGGGCCAAUAUGUUACUAUAUGGGCAGCUGGUCCUGGAGCUAUUCACAACCCUCCUUCAGAUUUUGUGUGGAAAACUCAAAAAUCUUGGGGAACAGGGGACGAUAUGAAGGUUACAUUACUAGACUCCACUGGUGAGGAAUUUGCUGAACGGACGGUCUUUAGAGUGAGAAGAGACGAAGGGGAAACUGAUGAGGAAUUUCUAGACGAGGAAUUGGCUGAGUUUCGUUCUAAGCCCAAAAGAAAGAAAAAGAAAUGCUGCUUAGUGUCAUGAUGCAGCAGGCAGGUGUCUGCAGUCCCACAAGACCGUGGAUCCCAGCUGUUCUGUCAUGUAAUGCCAAAGCAGAAUCCGAUGCUCCCCUGCGAACGCCAUCAUUUCCAUUCAGUUUCGUCCACAUUUCCCAAGGAGUUCUUUUUUCCCUUUGGGAUAGAAUAGGGAAGAUUUUGUUGCUGUUAGACCUGUAGGGAAGUUGUUCAUUUCCGUGCAGACCUCUGAAGGAGGGCACUGUAGAGCACAGAGUUGCAAUAACACUAAUUUCUAUGUUGUGGGCACUUUAAAUGUAAUUUGUAAGAAAUGCUAUGUUGUGUUUUUUCUUUUCUGAUAUUACAGGUUUAUCUACAGGUCUGAAAAGAGUUGCACAUGGGUGUCUGACGUUGACUUAUUCAUAGCAGGCAGCUGUACGUUAAGUAUUUCUGUACCUGAGAGCAGAAGCGGUGUUUUACAGUCUAUUGCCAUGUUGGCAUGGUUCCCAGGGAGUAAAGAAGGAUAAAGCUUUGCCCUGUCUGGCAGUGCUGCCUGCAAUGACUGCAGUUUGUUUACUAGCCAUUUAAACCACUUUUGUACCCAUAGCAGAACAAAAGAGGAUAAAAAAAAAUUAAGAAAAAGAAGAAAAUCUGCAUAAAGCCCCAAAGACAUGACUAUAUCCAUUUUGCAGUCAGCAAAUCACGGAUACACAAAAUACAGAUGUGUUCCAUGUUGCAUCUGCAUUGUUUGCAGACCUAUUGACUUCAAUGGAUCCGCAGUCCUAAUUUUGCAGACAUGUUCUAUCCUUCUGCGGAAUGAACAUACGGAUGCGUAAAGCGCGUAGAUCCUCUGUGUACUUUCUGCAUCCGUACGUCUGUUCUGCAAAGAAAAAGACUCUGUCCGCAAAAUGCAGACCACAGAACCAUUGAGAAUGAGGCCGCAAAUAAAAUGCGGAUGGAACACACCGCAUUCAUAUUUUGCACAAAAAGCAUAUGGCCACGUGCCGGAGGCCUUCCUAUUCUGAAGACGGACUUUAUUUUCUGAUCUACAUAGAACAUAUAAUAAAAAUGAUCGCUUGUUAGUUUUGCACUGCAGACAAUGAUUGCACUGAAAUGAUUGUUGCUGAAACCAUUUUUUUAAUUUCAUUUUGAUAAUUUUACUGAAGCCAGUUCCGUUAUGUUAUACGUAGUGUUGUGUGGUCUUCAUUUCACCUUGUCACAUCAAUUAUUUGUGCUUUGCUUGAUAAGUAGGAGGGAACCGUAAUAUGGAAUGCAGAAGACAUUUCCAAGAAUAUGGGAUAUCUCAGUCUAGUUAAUGCCUUCCCCGGGCAGAAUGUUAAGUGCCUGUAUUAAUAGCUGCCAGUAUACCAUUGUGCCACACGUGAGCCAUGAAAACCUGAACAGACUGUUCAGUGCACAAUUUCUCGCAGUCAAGGAGCUCUGAAUGGGCUAAUUAUCUUGGUUGAUUUUCUUUCAAAUGUAUUACAUGUAGCACAAGAAGGGUUAAAAAGAACCUUCCACUUUCCUGACAUGUCUGCUUUAGAUAAUGCAUGUAUUUGAAGCAUCUUUUCUUAAAACUUUGCGAUCCUAUUAUUCCUCCUGAAAUUGUAUGAGUAAAUUGAAAACUGGGUGUUAACAUUUCCCUUGUCAAUAAGGUGCGCCCACCAUAGUCUGACACUGCCAGCACAGAUUCGGCAGCGUCAGAGUGUAGGGCAGGGAUCGGCAACCUCCGGCAUGCCAGAUGUUAUAAAACUACAACUCCCAGAAUGUUCCAUAAACUUCUUUGGGAGUUGAGAACAGCCAAGCAUGUUUGCAUGCUGGGAGUUGUAGUUUCAUAGCACAUGGAGUGCCGAAAGUUGCUGAUCCCUUGUUUAAGGACUGGUAUUAUUGACGGAGAAUGUGAUAACACCCAGUUUAUAUAUACAUUUCCAGGAGGAAUAAUAGAGGAACAAUACAAUGCAGGGUUCUAUGAAAAGAUGCUCUAGCAUUAUUUCAUAGAAAAUGCAAGUGUUUAUUAAAGCAAACCUAUCAGGUGAGCGGACAGGUCCUCUUGAAUGACCUUUUUUUUUUUUUUCCUUCUCAUUAAUGUUUUUCUCGGAUCUUCUCAUGUUCUGUAAAUUAAGUCUCAUCUGUAAAGAUGCGUAAAGGAGAGGUCAGUUCCAAGAGUUGGGGCUUUUCCCAUUCCCCUAACAGGAUAGGUGGUAAAUUGCCUGGGGUAUGACUGCCAUGGACCCCCAAUGCUGACAAGAAUGAGAGCCCUCUGUGUGAAUGGAACAGAGGCAUGCACGCCUGCCACCGCUCAGUUCACUUCUGUGGGAUCAAUGAAGAUAGCAGAGCACCCCCAUAGAAGUGAAUGGAGCAAUGGGGUCCCAGUGGUUGUACCCCCCUAUGAUCAUAUAAUUAUCACUUAUCCUGUGGAUAGGUGAUAAAUGUUGUUAGCAGCAAAACCCAGGUAGGGUGCUGAUAGGAAAGCUGGGAGUAUACAUAGCCCAGCCCAUUUGUGUUUGCUGGCAUGGCUCUCCUCUACUGUUGUCAUCCCGGCUGGUGGGUGAUUCUUGCUGUGAUGUAGAGAAGCUGAAGGAAUCAGCCGCUACUAGAAGAAAGCUGGUAGAAACAGUUUUAAGAUGUUAUUUGCAGUUAUGUUAUAGUGUUCUAUUUAUUGUAUAUAACUUCUAGUUUUUCAGAUAAAAGGUUAAUAAAAUAUUUUGCCAGUU